AGUCCGCCAGUGAACCGGUCUUGAACCACUCUCCAGCAGCCUCGAGAGGCAGAGUUUGCGCCAAGUUCCUUGGUCUCCGACGGCCUCCCUUCUCACGCAGCCAUGUCUUCCAGCAGACCCGUGGCGCUGGUGACCGGUGCUAACAAAGGAAUCGGAUUCGCGAUCACUCGUGACCUGUGUCGGAAAUUCUCCGGGGACGUGGUGCUCGCGGCGCGGGACGAGGAGCGGGGCCAAACGGCAGUGCAAAAGCUGCAGGCGGAGGGCCUGAGCCCACGCUUCCACCAGCUGGACAUCGACAACCCGCAGAGCAUUCGCGCACUGCGCGACUUUCUGCUCAAGGAAUACGGAGGCCUGGACGUGCUGGUCAACAACGCAGGCAUCGCCUUCAAGGUCAAUGACGACACCCCCUUCCACAUUCAAGCAGAGGUGACAAUGAAAACGAACUUUUUUGGUACCCGAGAUGUCUGCAAGGAGCUGCUCCCUCUAAUAAAACCCCAAGGCAGAGUGGUGAAUGUGUCCAGCAUGGUGAGUCUCAGGGCCCUGAAAAACUGCAGGCUGGAGCUGCAGCAGAAGUUUCGAAGCGAGACCAUCACAGAGGAGGAGCUGGUGGGGCUCAUGAACAAGUUUGUGGAAGAUACAAAGAAAGGAGUCCAUGCGGAAGAAGGUUGGCCUAAUAGUGCAUAUGGGGUCACCAAGAUUGGGGUGACAGUCCUGUCCAGAAUCCUUGCCAGGAAACUUAAUGAGCAGAGGAGAGGGGACAAGAUCCUUCUGAAUGCCUGCUGCCCUGGGUGGGUCAGAACCGACAUGGCAGGACCAAAAGCCACCAAAAGCCCAGAAGAAGGAGCAGAGACCCCUGUGUACUUGGCCCUUUUGCCUCCAGAUGCAGAGGGGCCUCAUGGGCAGUUUGUUCAAGAUAAAAAAGUUGAACCAUGGUGAACCCAACUCUCACCUCCCACCCCCUUGUAUCCAGACUUUAUGAAGGCCAAGGACAUUUAUAAUGUAGUAACACUUCUGAAAAAUAAACAUAGAAUUCUUUGAAUGCA